AUGUCGUCUCCCGCCGGCGGGUACGGCGGCGGCGCCGAGGCCCACCACCACCAGCCGCAGCACAACGGCCACAUGCUGCUUCAUAACCAUGCACACCACAUGGCGGCCGCGGCCGCCGCGGCGUCGGGCGGGCAGCUCUACCACGUGCCGCAGCACAGCCGGCGCGAGAAGCUCCGCUUCCCGCCGGACGCCGCCGCGGACGACUCGCCCCCGACCCCUCUUGCCCACCACCACCACCACCAGCAGCAGCAGCACCAGGCCGGGGCGUGGCCGCCUCCGGCCUUCUACUCCUACGCGUCCUCCUCCUCCUCCUACUCGCCGCACAGCCCGACGAUGCCGCAGGGCCAGCAGCUGGUUCUCAACGGGCUCACCGCGCAGCAGUUCCCGCAGAUCCCCACGCAGAACUUCUCGCUCUCCCUCUCCUCCGCCUCCUCCAACCCCGCCACCACGCCCCCGGCGCCCAGGAAGCAGGAGCCAGGAGCCGCCGCGCCGGCCGCGGGGCCGUACGGGCCCUUCACCGGCUACGCCACGGUGCUCGGGCGAUCCAGGUUCCUCGGCCCGGCGCAGAAGCUGCUCGAGGAGAUCUGCGACGUGGGAGGCGCGGCCGCGCACGUCGACCACAGCGUCCCGGACGAGGGCCUGCUCGACGCGGACGCCAUGGACGGCGCCGACGACGCGGCCGGCCACGAGCUGGACACCUCCGGCCCCAUGUCCGGCGCCGAGCAGCAGUGGAAGAAGACUCGGCUCAUCUCCAUGAUGGAAGAGGUGUGCAAGAGGUACCGGCAGUACUACCAGCAGGUGCAGGCCGUGAUCGCCUCGUUCGAGAGCGUGGCCGGGUUCAGCAACGCCGCCCCGUUCACGGCGCUGGCGCUGAGGGUGAUGGCCAGGCACUUCAGGUGCAUCAAGGGCAUGAUCCUCAGCCAGCUGCGCAACACCAGCAAGAUGCCCGUCAAGGAAGGCAUGAGCAAGGACAUCACCAUCUUCGGCCUCGGCGGCGGCGGCGCCCCCGUCGGCGGCUUCCAGAGGGGCGGCAGCGUGAACGGCUUCGGCCAGCCGCACAACAUCUGGCGCCCCCAGAGGGGCCUCCCGGAGCGCUCCGUGACGGUCCUCCGGGGUUGGCUCUUCGAGCACUUCCUGCACCCGUAUCCUACUGACGGCGACAAGCAAAUGCUGGCCAAGCAGACGGGCCUAACAAGGAAUCAGGUGUCGAACUGGUUCAUCAACGCGAGGGUGAGGCUCUGGAAGCCAAUGGUGGAGGAGAUCCACAACCUGGAGAUGAGGCAGGUCCACAAGCACUCGCCGCACGACAAGGGCCAGCAGCACGGCGCCCACGGCCAGGCUCACCAGCACUCGUCGCAGCAGCAGCAGCAGCAGCGCAGCGGCAAGCGGUCCGAGCCCUGCGACUCGCACCCCGGCCAGAGCAGCGGCGUCACCAGGAACCACCACCACCACCACAACGCCGCCGCCGCCGCCUCCUCCCACGGCGGUGGCUUCCCGGACGACCUCUCCCAGAUGUCCCACUCCAUGCAGCAGGGCCAGGUGACCUUCGCCGGCUACGGCGCGCUGCCCUCCCACCACCAGCAGCAGCAGCACGGCGGCAUGGCGUCGCCGCAGCACCACCACCACCAUCACGUCGGCGUCGGCGGGGCGGGGAAUGCUGGCGGCGGCGGCGGCGGCGUGUCGCUCACCCUCGGCCUCCACCAGAACAACAGGGUCUGCUUCGGGGAGCCGCUGCCGGCCAACCUCGCGCACCGGUUCGGGCUGGAGGACGUGGUGAGCGACCCCUACGUGAUGGGCUCGUUCGGCGGCGGCCAGGACCGGCACUUCGCCAAGGAGAUCGGCGGCCACCUGCUCCACGAUUUCGUCGGCUGA